AUGAGUAUACAGAAAACUGAGAAAUUUUUUCUCCGAAAAAACUUUUAUAGUGUCUGGGUUGAAUAUAAUAAAAAUGUGAAUUAUAAAAGCCAUUUUAAAAAUAGUUUAAAAUAUAUUUUUAAACCUAAAAGUAUUGCUAUAAUUGGGGCAACAGAAAGAAAGGGAUCUGUUGGUAAUUCGCUUGUUAAUAAUUUAAUAAAAGGCGAAAAUAAUUAUAAACUUCAUUUUGUAAAUAUUAAAGGUAGUAAAAUAUACAAUCGAGACAGUUAUAAAUCAUUAAAAGAUAUUAAAGAUGAAUCUAUUCAUUUAGCUGUCAUAGCAGUACCACGUGAUUAUGUUCUUAAAGCAAUGGAAGAAUUAAAAUAUAAAAAUGUUCGAGGUGUUAUUAUUAUAACUGCUGGAUUUAAAGAAACAGGUGAAGAGGGUUUAAAAUUAGAAAAACAGAUAAUAGAUAUAGCUCAAAAAAAUAAUAUAAGAAUUAUCGGACCCAAUUGUUUAGGUAUUAUACAUUCUUAUCAUAAUAUGAAUGCAUCUUUUGCAGAUAAUGAAGUGUUAAAGGGACAUUUUUCUUUAUUAUCUCAAAGUGGGGCAAUAUGUUCAGCAGCUUUAGAUUUAUCUUUACAACAUAAUAUUGGUUUUUCACAUUUUAUAUCUGUUGGAUCUAUGUGUGAUGUUCAGUUUUAUGAAUUAAUUGAAUAUUUGUUUUAUGAUGAUAAUACUAAAUAUAUUUUAUUAUAUGUUGAAUCUAUUGGAGAUAUGGAUAAAUUUAUGGAAACAUGUAAAAGAAUAUGUUUAUAUAAACCUAUAAUUAUAUUAAAAAGUGGUAAGACUGCUAAAGCAGCUGAAGCUGCUAUUUCUCAUACGGGUUCUAUGGUUGGGAAUUAUGAAAUAUUUUAUGCAUCUAUGAAAAAAUUAGGAGUUUUAGUUGCUGAAAAUUUUGAAGAAUUAUUUAAUAUGUGUAAAAUAUUAAAUUUAUCUAAAUAUCCUGAAACUAAUGAAGUAUGUGUAGUUACAAAUGCCGGAGGUCCAGGAGUGUUAUUAGUAGAUAGUAUAGUAAAAAAUGAUGGUGAUUUAACAAAUUUAAAUAAUAAGUUAAAAUCAGAAUUGGAUAAAUUUUUACCAAAUUCAUGGAGUAAAGCUAAUCCGAUUGAUAUACUUGGAGAUGCAUCUCCUGAAUUAUAUAAAAAAACUAUAGAAACAUUAGCUUUAGAUGAACAAUACAAAAAUAUAGUUGUUUUAUUAUCACCUCAAAGUGUAACUGAUCCUUUAAAAACAGCUCAUGAAAUAAUAAAUCUUAAAAAUAAAUUAUCAACAAAAAAUAAAUUAAUAUUAUGUAACUAUUUAGGAGGUACUUCUUUAGAAGAAUCAUCAAAUAUAUUGAAUAAAAAUAAUAUUCCAACAUUUAUUCAUCCUGAACACUCUGUACAGAAUUUGUUAAAAUUAUAUAAAAAUAUUAAACAUAUACAAGGAGUAUAUGAAGAGAUUCCUAAUUUUUUAGCAAAUGAUGAAGAAAAUUAUUAUAUAAAUAGUUUCAUAAAAAAAAAUUAUAAUUUAAAUUUUGAUAAUAAUGGAAAAAGUUUUGUUAAAAAUAUUCGAAAAGAUAAAGCAGUGGAGAUAAUUAAAAAAGCAUUUAAAAAUAAAAAUUAUAUAUUAAAUGAAUAUGAUUCAAAAGUAAUUUUAGAAACAUAUGAUAUACCUGUUGUUAAUACAAAAAUAUAUAAAACAUUGUUAGAUGUAGAAAAUGCUGAUAAUAUAAAUUAUCCUUGUGCUAUGAAAAUAUAUUCAGAUACAAUUACACAUAAAAAAGAUAUAGGAGGGGUUAUAUUAAACAUUAACACAAAAGAAGAAUUAAUAAAUGGUUAUAAACAAAUAUAUGAAAAUGUGAAAAAACAUAAACAAGAAAAAGGGUUUCAAGGUGUUACUAUACAAAAUAUGAUUAACAUAAAUGAUGGAAUAGAAUUAAUAUUAGGAUAUUAUUAUGAUAAAUGUUUUGGUCCUGUACUUUUAUUUGGGUCAGGUGGUUCAUAUGUUGAAAUAUUUAAAGAUACAGUUUUAUUGAUUCCACCUCUUACUUAUUCAUAUACACAUCAUACAAUUAAGAAUACCAAAAUAUAUAAUGCAUUAUUGGGUAAAUCUUCAAGAUUUAAGAAAUGUGAUAUGCCUAAACUUAUAACAACAAUUAUGAAUUUUUCUGAAUUAGUUUCAGAUUUAUUACCAUAUAUUAAUGAAUCAGAUAUAAACCCUUUAUUUGUAUCUGGAAAUAAAAUGAUUGCAUUAGAUGCUAGAUUUACUUUAAGGAAAUCUAUAAAUUUUGAUUCAGAAAAUGAAUUAUAUGAUAAAAUUGGAAAAAAAUAUCCUAUAGAUCUUGUUACAAUUCAUAAUGAACAUCCAGAUGUAGACAAUUUUUCUAAUCAUAUUACUAGACCUAUACAUGAAUAUGAUUUUAAAUUAAUUCGUAAAUUUAUUAAAAAUAAUUUAGAAGAAUUACAUAAAGAUACCUUUUUCUUUGUUAAUAAAGAUCAUAUAGAAUCCGAUAUCUUUUCAUAUCAAUUAUGUAAUUGUAAUUAUGAAUUAUAUAAUGUUAUGUUAAAUAUUGAAAAAAAUAAUAUUAAUGGGUUAGUAAAAAUCGAAAAAAAAAAAGAUUUGCAUUGUUAUAUAUAUGCUAAAGAUAAAUCUACCUUUUCUAUUUUAAUUGAUCAAAUUGAUAUUAUUUCAAAAAAAAAUACAAAUUCAAAUAGUACCUUUAUAUAUAUUAAAAAAAAUUCAAAUUAUAUAGAUAACUUGAAAAAUUCUGGAUACUCUUUAAAUUAUGAACAAGAUGAUGUUGCAUGUUUUAUAAAAACAAUUUAG